AUGCAAAAAGCUCAGCCGAGCGCCCGGAACAGCGAGCACCCCCACGGGGCAGGACUGCCCACGGAGCGCCGGGCCUGUGCGGGCGCCGCCUGCCGACGGAGGCCCCAGGCCGAGGGGGCUGCAGAGCCCAGCUGGCCACCCUGGGAAAGACCCCACUGGCUGUGUGUGGACCCUGCUGCCGCCCCCUCCGGAGCCUCCAGGAGUCAACAGCCCAGGCACAUCCGGGAGGAGGGUGGACGGGGCCUGGACAGGCAGCACCAGCCCCCACUGCGCGGACUGAGGGGCUGCGGCUCAGGAGGGACGGGCCUGCUGGGUCAGCGGGUGCUCAGCCACCAACACCGGGCCCCAGUCCACCCUGGCCAGCAGUACUCGGGCCGGCGCCUGGCACAGCCGGGGCCCAGCACCCCCCAGGCCCCCGACGUCCAGCUGGGUCCCGGGCAGCCGACGCUGCAGGACCCUCCACGGGCACCCUUGCUGACCCCACAGCCGGAGACGCAGGCCCAGGCUGCUGUGCGUGGCCAGCACAGGGCCCUGGACGCUGGCCGGCGCUGGACCCAGAGCUCAGGCCUCGUGUUCCCACCAGCAGCGGACGCCAGGCUCGCCCCGCCCCAGUCCCCCCGGGCUGGGGACAGGACAGGCAGCCCUGGGCUCUCCCUCCUGCUGGCCACUGCAGCCCCCGAUGGCCUUCGGGUGGAGGCCCUGCCAGCGCCUGGGGGAGAGGACAGCACCAAGGGGCGGCCCCUGCGCUGUCCCCACCCCGGGGGGGGCAUCAAGGCCAUCUCCACGCCCCCUCUGGCCUUAGCAUCCCCCGCUCCCCCCAUAACAACCAGCCCGGCCCGCGUGCUGCUCUGCAAGGGCCCCAGCCCGGCCGCCUCCCCGCUCAGCCACCGGCAGCGGCAGGGGCGGGGCGCCCGUGGGGCCGCUGACGGGCCGCGGAGCCCACCGCUGAGCCGGCUGGAGCAGGGCGCCAAGAAAGGCUGGAAGCUGCCCUCUCAUCAGACCCUGGGCCGAGAGCCCGCCCCCCUCAGGGAGGGACCACGGCUCCCAGGGCGGCCGGGUGGACGGCGGCGGACGGCCGGCCUCCUCACCCCGGCCUCCGUUGCCACCCCCAUCUGCCUGCAGUUUGAAGCCUUCUGUGCAGAGGGCCUGGCCCCGGGCUGGAGGCUGCUGGUGCAGGGACACGCGGACGCUGGAGAGGACAAGUUUGAGAUCCACUUCCUGUCGCAGACGGGGGACACCGCCCUCCACACCCAGCCCCGCUUCGCCAGCGCCACCGUGGUGGGCGAUGCCUUCCAGGGCGGCCGCUGGGGCCCGGAGGAGGUGUCCAGCGUCUUCCCGCUGGCGCUGGGGGAGCCCUUCGAGGUGGAGGUCGGCCCAGACGCUCAGCGCUCCCACUCCAAGGGUGGGCGCCAGGGGCUGCGGUUCGCCCACCGCCACAGGCCGCCGGCCCCCGCCGCCCGGGGGCAGGUGCUGAGCGGCCAUGGCCGGCCCGGGAUAGCCACCGUGGCCGCCGAGGCCUUGCAGGCGUCACUGCGCCCUGAGGGCAGGAGCCAGCAGAAAGGGCCCGGUCGGCAGCUGGGGCCCUCGGGGCCCCCAGCCCAGGAAGUCAGUGAGAGCAGCGAGGAAGGCGCGUGGCCAGGCCCUGGGAGCCCGGUGUCCAGCUCUGACCACGAGGACACGGGGCCUGGGCCGGGGGCUCCAGGGGCCUCCGACCUGCUCUCAGGCGGCAGCCCCGGGGCCGGGAGCUGGGGGCUCAGGCAGCCUGUCCGGCUCUGGUGUCCCCCGGCCUCAGGGGGCCCCAGGCACGUGGGCUCAUUAGCAGGAGAGGAGGCCGUGCUGGCCUGGGUGGGGGCUGGAGUGGACGGCGGGGCUGCUGACUUCUCCUCGGCUGCAGGCAGGGGUCCCCACCUCUCAGGAGGGUGCGAGGGUCUGGGGCAGCAGAACGGCUUUGUCUCAGAUCUGGCUUCUGGCGGGAGCCCAGGGCCACAGCUGGAGCAGGUGGCCUCGGGCUUUCCGCCGCCCCGGCAGCGCCACGCACCAGGAGGGCACGGGCGCCCAGGCUCCAGCUCCAAGUCCUGGUCGGACGCGCCCCAGGCCCCGGGCCGAGCUGCCGGUUUGCGCAGGCGCCGGCAGAGGGCCUGGCAGGGCGAGGGGCCGCCUGCGAAGCCGCAGCGUGCUGACGAGGGGCCCCGGCCUCAGGAGCGAGACCCUCUGCGCUGA